AUGGGUCUGAGGGUGGCUCAGACAGGCUUUGUGGCCCUGCUGAUGCUUCAGAGCUGUGCUGCAUACAAACUGGUCUGCUACUACACCAGCUGGUCCCAGUAUCGAGAGGGGGCCGGUAGCUGCUUCCCAGAUGCCAUUGAUCCCUUCCUCUGCACCCACAUCAUCUACAGCUUUGCCAAUAUCAGCAACAAUGAGAUUGACACCUGGGAGUGGAACGAUGUGACGCUAUAUGACACGUUGAACACACUCAAGAACAGGAACCCCGACCUGAAGACCCUCUUGUCUGUUGGAGGAUGGAGCUUUGGUUCCGAAAGAUUUUCCAAAAUAGCCUCAGACACCCAGAGUCGCAGGACUUUCAUCAAGUCAGUGGCACCGUUCCUGCGGACCCAUGGCUUUGACGGGCUGGACCUUGCCUGGCUUUACCCUGGACGAAGGGACAAGAAGCAUCUCACCACUCUGGUCAAGGAAAUGAAGGCUGAGUUUGCAAAGGAAGCCACGAAGGAAACAGAGUCUCUGCUCCUCAGCGCUGCGGUGUCCGCAGGGAAGGUGGCCCUAGACAGAGGCUACGACAUCUUCCAGCUAGCCCAGCACCUAGACUUCAUCAGCCUCAUGACAUAUGACUUUCAUGGAGCCUGGCGCCAGACCACGGGACAUCACAGCCCCCUGUUCCGUGGCCAGGAGGUCGCAAGUGCUGACAGGUUCAGCAAUGCUGACUACGCUGUGGGCUACAUGCUAAGGCUGGGAGUCCCGGCCGAGAAGCUGCUGAUGGGCAUUCCCACCUUUGGGAGGGGCUUCACCCUGGCCUCUUCUGAGACAGGUGUGGGAGCUCCCUGCUCAGGACCAGGGAUACCAGGCCAGUUCACCAAGGAGGAAGGGAUCCUCGCUUACUAUGAGAUCUGUGACUUUCUUCGUGGAGCUACAGUGCACAGACUCCUGGACCAGCAGGUCCCCUAUGCCACCAAGGGCAACCAGUGGGUGGGGUACGAUGACCAGGAGAGUGUCAAAAACAAGGUGCAGUACCUGAGAAACAGGCAGCUGGGUGGAGCCAUGGUAUGGGCCCUGGACUUGGAUGACUUCCGCGGCACCUUCUGUGGUCGGAAUCUGCACUUCCCUCUCACAGGCGCCAUCAGGGACGCCCUUGCUUCGGCUUAGCUCUCUGUGCUGCGCAUGCUGGGCCAGGGUGCCCUUCGCCCUGUGGUCUUGCUGCUCUGGAGCUUAGCCACUUGCCCUGCUGGACCUCAGUCUCCUUCCCUGGGGCCCAUGCAGAGGCCACGGGUCUGAGCCCUGAGCUCAGCUAUGUGGACAUGCAGGUGGGGUUGUGGGGGAGCAGUGAGGGCUGGGGAUCCACAUAGUGUCAGACACAGUACAGCACACAUG